AUGCAUCACCACCAUCAACAACCGUCUUACGGCGGCGGCUAUCCUGGCCAGGACUACCGUCAGCAGCAGAACCCUUACCCGCAAUACGGCCACCCAGCACCUCAGACGUACCCUCCUAAUCACGGAUACAAUCAACCCCCAUCAGGUUAUCCGCCCUCACCCGCUCCUCCUACUGGCGGCCAGAUGUACCAUGGACGACAGCCCUCGUACCAACAAAGCCAUUACCCGUCCUCGCAUGGGGGCCCUGCUGCUCCGCCUUCCCAACCACAAGCCUUCGGUCACGGCGCGCCACAAGGUUAUAGCUUCCAGUAUUCUAGGUGCACGGGGAAGAGAAAGGCUCUUUUGAUUGGUAUCAACUAUUUCAGCCAGAAAGGCCAGCUGCGUGGAUGUAUUAACGAUGUGAAGAACAUGUCCACAUACCUUAACCAGAACUUUGGCUACGCCCGGGAGGACAUGGUGCUCUUGACAGAUGAUCAACAAAACCCGAUGAGCCAACCGACGAAGGCGAAUAUCCUGCGUGCCAUGCACUGGCUGGUUAAGGACGCGCAACCCAACGAUUCUCUCUUCUUCCACUACUCCGGACACGGUGGCCAGACACCCGACUUGGACGGUGACGAAGACGAUGGAUACGACGAAGUCAUCUACCCUGUAGAUUUCAGAGUGGCGGGCCACAUAGUCGACGACGAGAUGCAUCGGAUCAUGGUGAAACCGCUUCGGCCAGGCGUGCGACUGACGGCGAUCUUCGACUCGUGUCACUCUGGCUCUGCCCUAGAUCUGCCAUACAUCUACUCGACCCAGGGUAUCCUCAAGGAACCCAACCUCGCAAAGGAAGCAGGUCAAGGUUUACUGGGCGUCAUUUCAUCGUACGCGCGUGGUGAUAUGGGUGGCAUGAUGUCGACAGCCGUCGGUUUCCUGAAGAAGGCCGCCAAGGGCGAUGAAGCCUACGAGCGAACUAAGCAGACCAAGACCAGCCCCGCAGAUGUUAUCAUGUGGUCAGGGAGCAAAGAUUCUCAGACCAGCCAAGACGCCCAGAUCGCAGGCCAGGCUACUGGUGCGAUGUCAUGGGCCUUCAUCACUGCUAUGCGCAAGAACCCUCAGCAAAGUUAUGUGCAGCUGUUGAACAGCAUCCGAGAUGAGCUGUCGACCAAAUACUCACAGAAGCCGCAGCUGAGUUCCAGUCACCCGUUGGGUACGUCCCCUGUUCCUGGAUAA